UGCACACCCGUAGCGGAUGUUCUACCAAGCCACAACAAAACAAAGAGUGUAAAUCAAAGCUAGAGACAUUCGCUUAAAUGUGUGCCAUGCGUAUCAUCAACCGCUCACAACAUCAUCUCGUACCAUUUUGGAGUUUGUAAUCAAACUAUCAUCGCCAUCUUGAGGGAGCAGCCUUGUAAUGUACAGUAGGAAUUAUUGUACAACUGAUAAAAGGAAUUCUAUUAUACAUCGAUGCAACAAAAAUGCAAAGCGCUAAUGCGGCGACAGAGCCCUGAGGCAAUCGUACCGUUUUUGAAAGAUAAUAAGACGAAAAGAAAGACAAACAAAGCAUCAUCAACUUUACAGCCAGUAGCAGGGAAUUCUAAGAGAUUAGAAUUUUAAUUGAUUAAUAAAAACUAUGCCCAUCAAAUCAGGCGAAAGGCACUCACAGGCGGUCGUGCGAUAUGCAUGAUUUAAUCAAACGCUUAACUAUUUUUAAAACAACAAUGGUAUCCUUGGGAGAGGACAAAUCGGGGAGUUCCAAAUAAUGACACAAAAUUAAAAAAAAAGAUAAUGCUGCAAAUUGGCAUACGUUACACGCAAUCUUCUUAGCGCUUCGUGUCGUACCACUAAACUUACUCCAUUUUCAGCCUCCAACGGUUCAAAAAGUAGUAUUUCAUGCGUUCGUUCAGUCGCUGGUAACAAUCAAUCCCAAAGCCAACCCAAUUGUUCGAGAAAUGAGGCACCAGCUGUGUAGCACAAACAGCCGUAUCAGGUAGCGAGUAGAUAGUAUCCAACGUCACGUUUCUAAUGAAUAUUUUCCUGCGUCCACGGUGUUUACGUAGACAUACAUUGUUUGUCCAGCUAAAAUCAACACGCAUUCCAUCCGAAGCGAAUAGCCGACUCAUUAGCAGAUGUGCGUUAGGACAUUGCGGAACAAAGCGAAAGGAAAGCAAAUGCAACGUUUUUAAUUUUCCAACCGCUAAGCACAUUUAGACGAACAAAAGAAAUAUUAAUGCUUUGUACUGAAAAAAAAAAACGGCUGGACUGACAUCUUCAGCUUAUCGAAGAGGUAAAAAUUGGAUCGAGAAACGAUAACAGUAGAGAGCUAGCGCUACUAAACUCUCGGCCAUGGCAAAUUUCCGUGGUGUUAACAACAUUUGUGAGAAUGUGGAGAUGAAUUCGAAAAUAAAAUCACAACAAACAAAUGAAACAA